GUACCUCCAUCUUUUGCCAUCACCUUAUCAGAUGAACGAGUCAUUUCUUUUAUUACAGAUGUUAUUUGUAUUUCUGCUCUCGAAAGCACUAAAAGACAUCUGUUUGAUGAAACUCCUGGAGGAGUAGCAAAGAAGUUUUUCCCCUGGUUUCACAAACAUAAAAGCAUUAUCUCAAAAGAUUCCGCUGUUACUCUAUACAACUUAAUGGAAUGUGAGAUAGUUGCAAAUGCCGAUAUUUUACUCCAGAAAUUUUCAUCAGAAAGGGCGAAUUACAGACCAAGGGAGGGAAGAUGGAUGGUCAUUUGGUUAACUUCAAAUGCAUACUCCAAACUGGAACAAACUGCAGGCCCUGAACUUAUUGCUUGGCUUAGUGAGUAUGUACCUGCUUACAAAUUGCAGAUUGAUGCUGAGAAACUUGGCAAUGUGAAAUUUGAAGGGUGGAAGGAAACAACAACAAACACAUGGGAGGUUUUCCUAACUCACUCCCAAAUGGUUGGUCUAACUGACAUUCUAGAUAUGUAUUAUGAAGAUGUCUAUACACUUCCCUACAAGGAAUUGUCAUCGGGUGUUGUUGCAAAAUCUUUCAAGAGAAGCAUUUCUAUGUCAAAGGCAAUCUCCAUGGUCCUUGCAAGUGGAGUUUUUCUUGUUGCCAUAAGAAUUCUUGGUCAACAUUAUCUUCCUCAUUUCCCCAUUAACAAGUAUCCAGUCAACUCAUCUGACAUGAUCUCUAUUCAGCAUCAGUCUAUGGAAUCUUGCAAGGUAUGAAUUUUAUUAGUUUGUCUAGUGUUGUCUCUUUCAAGUUCAUUUUCGACUGUACUCUGCUUUCUGUACCUACUUCAUUGGCUGCUUCAUAUGAGGGGAGAUAAGUAUCUUGUGUUAAGCAGUUACCAUGUAGUGGAUGACACAUGCUUUGCAUUAUUGACCACUUUUAUUGUUUUUUACGUUCUUUUAGUUGAUAUCAUUUUAUCCUAGUCAUUCUGUCUC